UACCCGGUCUAUCCUCCAAAUUUAAAACGUAAUGCGAUAACCUUCGAACUUGAAUCAAUUUUAAGUAAUAAAUUUGUAUGAGACAUACUUCAACUGUUAGAGGAAACGUUAUUUGGUGCUCUACCUUCUCAACAAAUGUUACUUUCACUUGACUGAUCUUGUGAAUCCUCAACAUUAUGGGUGGAAAAUAUUCUUCUCUAGACCCCAUGCAGGUGGACGUUCCAGAAAUAGGGAAGUUAUUGGAAAGGGAUCCCUACUUAAAGCCUUACGAAAAGGAAAUAAGACGCCGCUAUGCAUGCUUCAAAGAUAUGCUGGCCUCGAUAGAUGAAAAUGGAGGAGGCUUAGACGCAUUUACUAAGGGCUACAAAUAUUAUGGCAUAAACGUACAGCAAGAUAACACUAUUGUGUGCAGAGAAUGGGCACCAGGGGCUCGACAACUAUUUUUAACAGGAGAUUUCAAUGGUUGGAACAGGGAGAGCCAUCCAUAUAAGAAGUUAGAGUAUGGAAAAUGGGAACUCGUUCUUCCACCAAAUCAAGAUGGGAGCUGUGCUAUUCCACAUCUUUCAGAACUCAAGGUUGUUGUGGAGACCCAGGAUGGAACUAAAGAGGACAGAAUUUCUCCCUAUGCAACCUAUGUUGUGGAACCACCGAAAGAGGAGGGGACAAUUUACAAACACAGGUUCUGGAACCCUUACCAAACUCAGCGCUACAUUUUCAAGAACAGAAAAGUGAAACGCCCCAAAAGCAUGAGAAUUUACGAAUGUCACGUAGGCAUUGCCACUCAGGAACUCAAUGUUGGUUCUUAUGAUAACUUUACGGAUAACAUUUUGCCAAGAAUCGUAAAGCAAGGGUAUAAUGCAAUACAACUCAUGGCCAUUAUGGAACACGCCUAUUACGCUAGUUUUGGUUAUCAAGUGACCAGUUUCUACGCAGCUUCAAGUCGUUAUGGAACUCCUGAGCAGCUUAAGAGACUAGUCGAUAGAGCACAUGAACUUGGUUUGGUCGUACUCUUAGAUCUUGUACAUUCUCAUGCCAGCAAAAAUGUACUUGACGGUUUGAAUCAGUUUGAUGGAACAGAUUCUUGUUAUUUCCAUGCAGGACCUAGAGGAGAGCAUUCCUUAUGGGAUUCCAGGCUUUUUAACUAUUGUGAAUUUGAAGUGCUAAGGUUCCUCUUGUCAAACAUUCGUUGGUACAUGGAGGAAUACCAGUUUGAUGGAUUCCGGUUUGAUGGUGUCACUUCCAUGUUGUACCAUUCCCAUGGUAUAGGUCAGGGUUUUGGAGGGCACUACGAUGAUUACUUCAGCAUGGGGGUCGACACAGAAGGGGUGGUCUACCUUAUGUUAGCUAAUCAUAUGAUCCAUCACUUCCACAAUGAUUCCAUAACAAUUGCAGAAGAUGUAUCUGGAAUGCCAGGUACUUGCAGACCCAUAUCAGAGGGUUGUUUGGGCUUUGAUUAUCGUCUUGCUAUGGCAAUCCCUGAUAAGUGGAUUGAAUUGCUGAAGCAUUGCCCUGAUGAGGAAUGGGAUAUAGGAAAUAUUGUUCACACCCUCACAAAUAGGAGAUGGAUGGAACCCAACGUUGCUUACUGUGAAUCUCAUGACCAAGCCUUAGUAGGGGAUAAAACCAUAGCCUUCUGGUUGAUGGACAAAGAAAUGUAUUCCCAUAUGAGCACCCUGUCAGGUCCCUCAUCUAUAAUAGACCGUGGUAUAGCUCUUCACAAACUAAUUAGGUUCCUUACUCAUGGUCUUGGAGGUGAAGCUUACCUUAAUUUCAUGGGCAACGAGUUUGGUCAUCCAGAAUGGCUAGACUUUCCUAGAGAAGGAAAUAACAGUUCCUACCACUAUGCAAGGCGUCAGUGGAAUUUGGUGGACGAUGAUCUUUUGAAAUAUAAGUUCCUAAAUGAAUGGGAUGCAGCUAUGAAUCAUGCUGAAGCUAAGUACCAGUGGCUGGCUUACGAACCAGCAUAUGUCAGUUGGAAACACCAAGAAGAUAAGGUAAUCGUGUUCGAGAGGCAUGGAGUAGUUUUUGUUUUCAAUUUCCACCCAAAUAAGAGUUUCGCCGAUUAUAGAAUAGGCGUAGAAGGUAAUGGGGAAUAUAAGAUUAUUCUGUGUUCUGAUGAUGCAAAGUUUGGAGGAUAUAAUCGUAUAGAUACAUCAGUCAGUUUCUUCACUUCGGACCAAGGGUAUGCUGGAAGAAGACAUUCACUACAGGUAUACAUACCAACUAGAUGUGCCAUCGCCUUAGCAAAAGUUUGAUUAAUGCAUUGUUAUCUUCUUUAUUUUUUAUGAAUAAAUUCUAUUUUGUUGA